AUGGUAUCACGUCGGAACAGGACCUUGCUGUCCUUGUCUAUCUUCAUCGGGGUGCUAGCAUGGAACGUUGCUGCAGCAGCCGUCAAGGGCGAGACCGGAGUGCCAGCGGGGAGCUUGAGUGCUCAUGAGAUUGAGGAGCAGCUGCAGGACUGUUCCCUCGUGCAAGCCCUCAACCACCACAAGGUCGCCAGCAACCCCACCACGUCGUCUGUUACGUCCCAAAUCUUUGCCUUUCUCUUCCCCGGAACCCCGGCAGUCAACGCUCUGCUUGCUACACUCUACAUCUCGGGCCCGCCAAACUUCCUCCUCGCACUAUGCCCGCCCAACAUCGACCCCUCCUCGCUGUCCAUCAUGGUAGCCUUUGCUGUUGGUGGACUGUUAGGUGAUACACUGUUCCACCUGUUACCCGAGAUCUUCCUGGGCGAGGAUGAACACGACAAAGUCAAGUUUGUCAUGGUGGAGCCAAACAAGAACCUGCUGCUGGGCGUGGCCAUCAUGGUGGGCUUCAUCACCUUUGUAGCUAUGGACAAGGGAUUGAGGAUCGCAACGGGCGGCGAGGGCGGACAUGACCACUCACACGGGCACUCGCAUGACAAGGUCGCUGUAACAGCGAAGACUACUGGCGCUGAGGCAAACACGUCCAAGGACUCGCUCCGCGCUCGAAAGUCUGCUGCGAAUGGCACCCAACCCACCACGCCGCUACCCACAGCGAGCGAGAAAGAGAUCAAUGCCAGCGUCAAGCUCGGUGGCUACCUUAAUCUGAUUGCAGACUUCACACACAACAUCACCGACGGCCUCGCCCUCAGCUCCUCGUUCUACGCCUCACCUACCAUUGGCGCAACCACCACCGUCGCUGUCUUCUUCCACGAGAUCCCACACGAGGUUGGCGACUUUGCGCUGCUCAUCCAGUCUGGCUUCAGCAAGCGCGCAGCCAUGGGUGCUCAGUUUGUGACUGCCGUUGGUGCCUUCUUGGGGACAUGCAUUGGCAUCGCUGUGCAAGAGUUUGGAGGCAGCUCAGCUUCGGCUGGUGUGCAGGGUCCUGGGCUCAUGGGCACGAGUCUGCAGUGGGGAGACAUGUUGCUGCCCUUCACAGCGGGUACGUUUCUGUAUGUCGGCACCGUGGCCGUCAUUCCCGAGCUGCUUGAGACGGGACCAAACAAGGGCCAGGAGCUCAGGAAGACGCUGAUGCAGUUCGCGGCCAUGUUCACGGGUGCGGGAAUCAUGUUGGCCAUCUCAUGGUCUUAG